AUGAGCAGUCUUCAUAGACACAGAAAAGUUCACACGGGAGAGAAGCCGUAUCGUUGUAAUGAGUGUGGCAGACAAUUUGGUGACAAGAGUACACUUCAGAAACACACUAGAAUCCACACUGGAGAGAAGCCACUUUACUGCCCUGAUUGUGGCAAGCAGUUCUUUGACAGAAUUAAUCUUCAGAGCCAUGCAAAAAUUCACACAGGACAAAAACCAUUUUACUGUUAUGAAUGUGGCAAAGAAUUUCUUGACAGGAAUAGUCUGCGGCAACAUCUAACAGUUCACACAGGAGAGAAGCUGUAUUGUUGUUCAGAAUGUGGAAGACAAUUCAUAAGAAUUAGCAGUCUCCAUAGACACAAAAAAAAUCACACGGGAGAGAAGCCAUAUUGCUGUUUAGAAUGUGGGAAACGAUUCCCAAAUAGUCUUCAGAUACACAUGGUAGUCCACACUGAAAAGAAGCCAUAUUGCUGUUUGGAAUGUGGCAAAAAAUUCUCACGAACCAACAGUCUUAAGCGCCACAUAAGAACUCACACUGGAGAGAAACCAUAUUGCUGCUCAAGUACUCUUAAGAAACACACUGCAAUCCACACUGCAGAGAAGCCAUAUUGCUGUUUGGAAUGUGGCAAACGAUUCCCAUACACCAACAGUCUUAAAGUCCACAUAAGAAUUCACACUGGAGAGAAGCCAUAUUGCUGCUCAAAAACUCUUACCUUCAUAGACACAGAACAGUCCACACAGGAGAGAAGCCGUAUUGUUGUUCAGAAUGUGAAAGAAAUUACUUAUCUUCAUCGACAUAAAAAAAUCCACUCUGGAGAGAAGCCGUAUUGCUGUAAUGAAUGUGGCAAACAAUAUGGUGACAAGAGUGCACUUCAGAAACAUACUAGAACCCACACUGGAGAGAAGUCAUAUUGCUGUUUGGAAUGUGGGAAGCAGUUUUCACAAACUAGCAGUCAUGAUGACCAUAUAAAAACUCACACUGGAGAUAAGCCACAUUUCUGCUCUGAUUGUGGCAAGCAGUUGUGUGACAGAAUGGACCUUCAGAGCCAGGCAACAGUUCACACAGGAGAAAAGCAUCUUCAGAAACACACUGCAAUCCACACUGCCAAGAAGCCAUAUUGCUGUUUGGAAUGUGGCAAACGAUUCUCACAAAACAACAGUCUUAAGUAUCACAUAAGAACUCAUACUGGAGAGAAACCAUAUUGCUGCUCGAUGAGGCUCAAGGGACGCAGAUUUGAGACGGUGGAGGAGAUCCAAGCGGUAACAACCGACAUUUUGACAACACUGACAAAAAACGACUUCCAGAGGUGCUUCGAGAAGUUGAAAUCUCGCUGGGUAUCGGUGUAUCAACUCAGCGGGUGA